CGCUGGCGCAACGAGAACUUCGAAAGGCCGGUGGACCUCGAGGGCUCUGGGGACGACGACUCCUUCCCCGAUGACGAACUGGAUGACCUCUAUUCGGGGUCUGGCUCGGGCUACUUCGAGCAGGAGUCAGGCAUUGAGACAGCCAUGCGGUUCAGCCCAGACAUGGCCUUGGCGGUGUCCACCACGCCCGCUGUGCUGCCCACCACAGACAUCCAGCCUGUGGGCACCCCGUUUGAAGAGCUUCCCUCUGAGCGCCCUACUCCAGAGCCAGCUACCAGCACCCCAGUGGUGACAGAGGUCCCCGAAGAGCCCAGCCAGAGAGCUACCACCAUUGCCACCACCAUACCUACUACUGCUGCCACAAGUGCAGACACCCCUACUGUGGCCACCAUGCCUGCCACAGAGCCCACUGCUGCCUCCAGCACCCCUGUGGCACCUCCUUCCACGGCCACCACUGCUGUCAUAAGGACAACCAGCGUACGGAGGCUUCUGCCACUUCCACUGACCACAGCAGCCACGGCCCGGGCCACCACCCCAGCGGCCCCCUCGCCCCCUACCACCGUGGCUGUGUUGGACACAGAAGCCCCGACACCCAGGCUGGUCAGCACAGCUACCUCCAGGCCAAGAGCCCUACCUAGGCUGACGACCACGCAGGAGCCUGAUGUCCCUGAGAGGAGCACGCUGCCCCUGGGCACCAUUGCUCCUGAACCCACAGAGGUAGCACAGACCCCGACUCCAGAAUCCUUCCUGACCACGAUCCGGGAGGAACCGGAGGUGCCUGUGAGUGGGGGCCCCAGUGGGGACUUUGAACUGCCAGAGGAAGGGACCACACAGCCGGACGCAGCCAAUGAGGUAGUGGCCGUGGGAGGCCCCGCGGUCAAGCCCUCCCCUCCACCUGGAGUGCUGCCCAAAGGUGCCCGCCCAGGCCCUGGCCUCCUGGACAAUGCCAUCGACUCGGGCAGCUCGGCUGCGCAGCUGCCACAGAAGAGCAUCCUCGAGCGGAAGGAGGUGCUCGUAGCCGUGAUCGUGGGUGGCGUGGUGGGCGCCCUCUUCGCCGCCUUCCUGGUUACAUUGCUCAUCUACCGCAUGAAGAAGAAGGACGAGGGCAGCUACACGCUGGAGGAGCCCAAGCAGGCGAGUGUCACAUACCAGAAGCCCGACAAGCAGGAGGAGUUCUAUGCCUAGUGGAGCCCAGCGGAGCCGCAGUGCCUGCCUGCAGCAUCAGCACCGCCCUCGCCCAGUCCCUCGCUGGUCCAACCUGCCCA